UACAAUUUUACAAUAUAUUAAAAACUCGUUAAUUUACGUGUUAACGUUGUUAAGUGUCUAAUUAAUUGUUAAUAAAAAUAAAAAAAAUGGCCGACACAGCAGUAGCAUCGGAGACACCCGCGCCGGCGACGCCCGCCAAGAAGGCACCAAAAGCGGCAGCGGCGGCGGCCGCCGCGAAGAAACCCAAGGCGAGACCAACGCACCCCAAGACUUCCGACAUGGUCAACAGCGCGAUCAAAGAGCUCAAGGAGAGGAGCGGAUCGUCCCUGCAGGCGAUCAAGAAAUACAUCGCCUCGAAUUAUAGCCUAGACGCCGAGAGGUUGGCGCCGUUCAUAAGAAAGUAUCUCAAGCGCGCGGUCGCCUCCGGCACCCUGAUUCAGACGAAGGGCAAGGGCGCAUCGGGCUCGUUCAAGAUAGACAGCAAGUCGGGAACCGGCGGCGGCGCGGCGAAGAAGGCGACGGCCGCCUCCGCUUCCUCCGGCGGCAGGGGCUCCGCCGCGGCGGCGUCCUCCGCGGCCAAAUCGGUGAAGAAGCCGACCGCACAAGCCGCCAAGAAGACCGCCGCGAGUGCGGGCGCCAGGAGCAAGAAGGCCGCCGCCGCGGCCGCCGAGACCGCGUCCCCCGCCAAGGCGGGCGGAAGGGGUGGCACCGCCAAAGACAAGAAGGCAGCCGCUGCGGCCAAGAGGAAGCCGGCCGCGUCGGCCGCUCCGAAGAAAGGUCGCGGCUCCGCGGCCGCCUCCGCCGCAGCGUCCGGCAAGGGCGCGUCGACCACCGCCGCCGCUUCCAAGGCGAAGAGGAGCGCGAAACCACCGACCAAAAAACCUAAAGCACCCAAACCGAAGAAGGCAGCAGCCGCCGCGCCCAAAUCGAAGGCCGCCACCGCUAAAAAGGCAUCGGCCGCUUCCAAGAAGUGAACGCGACAAUCCACGUUCAAUACGCACGAGCCGCCGCACUGUGUUCGCGUGCGCUGAUCACCGGUAAGAAGAAGAAGGAGGAGGAGGAGGAGGAGGGUCGGCCACCGGACGGAAGAGCGACGAACGCAUCACAAGUUGGUCGGUUGUGUCGAUGUUGUAUGUAUACACACACACACAACAACACGCACAAACACGCCACACAAAAAGCCCUUUUCAGGGCUAACAUAUGUUUCGCGAAACCGAAGUUGAGAGUUUCAAUCGAUAAAUAAACGUGAAAAGGUAGUAAUAAUAAAAUUACUUAUAUAUAAUUAAAUAAAUAAAUAAAUAAUAAGAGAUUACCUAUUUUGUCGAAACAUAUACAUAUUCUAAAUCAACGUGUAU